AUGGAUAGCUUCAUGGAGCAGAUGUGCAACGCACUUCGUGACGGUUCUCUGGGUAUCGAUCUAAACAUUGAUCUUGGACAGGUGAAUAGUGUUGAGCCCACCGUUCCAUAUUCAGGUAUAUCUACAUCCGAUGAUACCCUCCUCAAACAUGGGGAAAGAGAAUCUUCUGUUCUUGCUGCAGAUGUCGCGAUGGAAAAGCCAGUUGAGGACGGAGCCUUUCAUGAUGUAGGUUUCGAGGAACAGGGGUGUGCCUCUGCACCAGGUUUCUCGGGGCCCGAUGCUGGAUUAUUUGCCGACAUGUUGGCUGAACAAGCCACCAGAGGAACCUACCAAUCAUUGGGACUGAUUCAGUAG